AUGAAUUAGAGAACUUUUGAUAAUAAUAAAUUAGCAUCUAAACGAUUAAAAAGUCCAAGAAUUUUCAAAACAGAAGGGAAUCAUUUGUAGUAUAAGAAAGAUAAAAAAAGUAUUUUGGUUAAUAAGAAAUAGGUGAUAACUAAUCUAAAUCAAAAUAAUGUAUAAACAAUAAACCUGGUUUGAUAUAGAGAGAUACUAGUGAGAAACAAUCUUAAUUUGUAUAAAAGAGUAAAAAUAAUACAUAUUUUGAGGAUUGAUCGUUAAUAAUUAUUCAUAAUAAAGCAGAUAAUAAUAAAAUAUUGUUCACAUAAAAUACAAUUCAUUUUUAGACUCAAUAUUGAAAUUAAACAAAUCAAAGGAAAUGAGUAGAGUACCAAUGAGAUCUCGUAAAUAAAUGUGGCAUAAUUAUGUAAGUAAAUAUGUUUCAUAAACAUAAAAGAUAAAUCCUGAAGCUUCAGUUCCUGAGAGAAGAAUUCAAAGUUAGAUAAAUAUAUUAAAGACAGAGGAUUCCUACAAUAAAAAUAGAUCUACAGCUUCAUUAUAUAGUGUAGAACCUUAAGAUACUCUCUAAUUUAAUUUAAAAUAUACUCAUAAAACUAAAUAAGGCUAAAUAGCUAAUAAUCCAAAUAAAGUUAAUUAGGAUAUUUGUUAUUGUUAAACUAAUUUAAUUGAAAAUUUACAUUUAUUUUUUGUAUGUGAUGGACAUGGUCAAAAUGGUCAAUAUGUAUCAAAUUUUAUAAAAAAUAAUCUGCCUAAUAACAUUAUAAAAGAUAAGAUUUAAUUGUAAUCUUGCUAAAUAAAAGAAGCACUUAAAAUAUCAAUUGAAAAUAUAUCUUUAAAUGUUAAUUAAUAAGCUUUUGAUACUAAUUUUAGUGGUUCUACAUUGAAUGGUAUAAUAUUAUAAGAGAAUGGGAAAAUGUAUUCAUUUAAUGUAGGAGAUAGUAGAACAGUGAUUGGUAAAUUUAAUGGAUAUGGAUAAAAGUUUAAACCUUAUUAAUUAUCAGUAGAUCAUAAAUUAACAAUAAAAAAAGAGUAAUAUAGAAUAAUAUAAUAAGGAGGGAAGGUUGAUACAUUUUAUGAUUAAAAUGGUAAAUAAUUUGAAAUGAUGAAUCAGGUAAUCCGAUUGGUCCAUUGAGAGUUUGGAUAAAUGGUAAAUAAUACCCAGGUUUAGCAAUGAGUAGAAGUAUAGGUGAUUAAGUAGCAUAAUCUAUUGGAGUAAGUAGUAUUCCAGAUAUUGUUGAAUAUUAAUUGGGAUUUAAUGAUAAAUUUAUUAUAAUAGCUUCAGAUGGGAUAUGGGAAUUUUUAGAUAAUUAGAUAAUUGUUGAUAUUAUAGGGAAAUAUUACUAAUUAAAUAAUAUAGAAGGUGCAAGUGAAGAAUUAUUAAGAGUAGCAUAUGGAAUGUGGACAAUAGAUGAUGAUUCAGUUGUUGAUGAUAUCACUUUUAUAAUAAUAUUUAUUUAGAAUUAAUGA